GUAAUCCUUCCACGCAUCGCUCGUCCCAACCUCGAACGCAACAGCGUGCGAGUGAUUCUCGAAGCUGCUACUCCCUUUUCAUCGACCCAACCCGACUCCAGCUUCGGUCCCAUCGCGUUUCCACGCUUGUAAGGAUAAGGCUUUCAUUUCGGUUGCCCAACAUGUUGUGGGAAGGAUGGCUGUUCCUUCUCGCGGUGCUCGUGUCGGCAGGUUUGCUGUUCACGAUGGUCUUUUACAUCAUCAUGUUCUCAGAUUUGGAAUGCGACUACAUCAAUCCAAUCGAUCUAUGCGCAAAAUUGAACUACUUCAUUCUUCCCGAGAUGAUCGUCCAAGCCGUCCUCACGGCACUCUUCUUGCUCAGCGGGCAAUUCAUCGCUUUCUUGAUCAACGCCCCUCUAGUAGCUUAUAACGCUAACAAAUUCUUGAGCAAGAAUCACAUGUUAGACGCGACCGAGAUUUUCCGAACAUUAUCACUACACAAAAAGGAAUGCUUCAUCAAGCUCGGGUUCUACCUCAUCAGCUUCUUCUACUACCUCUACAGGAUGAUCGUGGCUCUUAUCGCAGAGACAUCCUGAGCAUGCAUCGACCCCCCACACUGUGCGCCAUCAGCCCGCAGAGACCGCACGUCCGGCCAAUCAAGCACUGGCAGCGUAUGGCAGACUCACCCGCUUGCCAAGAUCCUUCUGAAGCGGAGUCGCU